AGCCAAUAAGCGGAGAGGUUGCUGGGGCAGCCGGCGUGGGCGGCGUCACUGAGCCGCGCCAACUGAGCCAGGUAGAGCCCUACCCUCUUCUGUUGCUUUCUGCGUGUGGCUCGCGCCGUUCCCCGCCGUCCGUCGACCCCGCUUCCAUGUCCCUGGCGGACACAGCUCCCCGGAACCUCCACGCCCAUGGCCACUAGGCAGAGGGAGUCGUCUAUCACCUCCUGUUGUUCCACCUCGAGCUGCGACGCAGACGACGAGGGCGUGCGCGGCACCUGCGAAGAUGCUUCCCUGUGCAAGAGGUUUGCAGUAAGCAUUGGCUACUGGCAUGACCCUUACAUUCAGCACUUUGUGAGACUGUCUAAAGAGAGGAAAGCCCCUGAAAUCAACAGAGGAUAUUUUGCUCGAGUCCAUGGUGUCAGUCAGCUUAUAAAGGCAUUUCUACGGAAGACAGAAUGUCAUUGUCAAAUUGUCAACCUUGGGGCAGGCAUGGAUACCACCUUCUGGAGAUUAAAGGAUGAAGAUCUUCUCCCAAGUAAAUAUUUUGAGGUUGACUUUCCAAUGAUCGUCACGAGAAAGCUGCACAGUAUCAAAUGCAAGCCUCCCCUAUCCAGCCCCAUUCUAGAACUGCAUUCAGAGGACACACUUCAGAUGGAUGGACACAUACUGGAUUCUAAGAGAUAUGCUGUUAUUGGAGCAGAUCUCCGAGACCUGUCUGAACUGGAAGAGAAGCUAAAGAAAUGUAACAUGAAUACACAAUUGCCAACACUCCUGAUAGCUGAAUGUGUGCUGGUUUACAUGACUCCAGAGCAGUCCGCAAACCUCCUGAAGUGGGCAGCCAACAGUUUUGAGACAGCCAUGUUCAUAAACUAUGAACAGGUGAACAUGGGUGAUCGGUUUGGGCAGAUCAUGAUUGAAAACCUGCGGAGACGCCAGUGUGACCUGGCGGGAGUGGAGACCUGCAAGUCAUUAGAGUCACAGAAAGAACGGCUCCUGUCGAAUGGGUGGGAAACAGCAUCGGCUGUCGACAUGAUGGAGUUGUACAACAGGUUACCUCGAACUGAAGUGAGCAGGAUAGAAUCACUUGAAUUCCUGGAUGAAAUGGAGCUGCUGGAGCAGCUCAUGCGGCAUUACUGCCUUUGCUGGGCAACCAAAGGAGGAAAUGAGCUCGGGCUGAAGGAGAUAACUUAUUAAUCUGUUGAAGGCUUAUGCCGAGCCAGAAGCCGAAGCCACUUGCCCUCCUGGAGACCUGCAAGCUCCCUGAGCAGUGGGCGGGCCUCGUCCGCAGGUCUCAUCCCACAGUCUUGAGAAGCCUCGGUCACUACAGUGGUCGCACAUGUUCCUCUUCCUGUUCCUGUUGACAUGUCGUUGUUUAAAUAAAUCUCACUUGCCACCAG